GCACUUUGCGACCAACUUCCUACACAGACCGAUUGAGUGCCAUCUGCAACUGCUCUGUUGCAUUCAGUCUCUUCGGCGAGCGAGUCUUACGAUUAACGGCCGAGCAAGGGAGCAUACUACCUUUCUCAGCAAACGUUUGUACCUUGUUUAGCCGAACGCCGCACCUACUAUCUCAGCUCAGUCGGUAAGAGAGCCUCUCUCAAUAUCAACAUGAGCUUCCCAAACUUCGGUGAAGGCGGCGCACAGCCUCAGAACCCACCAGAAGAGCAAGCCUUCGGCGAGCAAGGUGGUUUCGGCGAGCAGGGCGGUUUCGGUGCGCCGGGUGGAGGUCAACAGCAGAAUCAAAUGGGCCAGCAGAUGGACCCGUCACAGAACCAAGGCCAAUUUCCAAAUGCGCAGCAGGCAGGCCCGCCUGGCGCUGGCGGUCCGCAGCCUGGUGGUGACUCGAAGACUACGCUCUGGAUGGGCGAGCUUGAGCCAUGGAUCGAUGAGAACUUCGUGCGCAGUGUCUGGUUUGGCAUGGGCUAUCAGGUGAAUGUCAAGAUGAUACGCGACAAGUUCUCAGGCAGCAAUGCCGGCUACUGCUUCGUCGACUUUGAGAACACGGACUCCGCCGGUCGCGCUCUUCAGCUUAAUGGGCAGAUGAUCCCGAACUCGAACCGUCAGUUCAAGCUCAACUGGGCAUCCGGUGGCGGUCUUGCUGACCGCAGCCGCGACGACCGUGGUCCGGAAUAUUCUAUCUUCGUCGGCGACCUCGGCCCGGAGGUCAAUGAGUACGUUCUCAUGUCCCUCUUCCAAGGCAAGUACAACUCCUGCAAGUCGGCAAAGAUUAUGUCAGAUCCCAUCAGUGGCAUGUCACGUGGCUACGGCUUCGUCCGCUUCUCCGAUGAGCAAGACCAGCAGAAGGCGCUCCAUGAGAUGCAAGGCGUCUACUGCGGCAACCGACCGAUGCGUAUCUCGACCGCGACACCGAAGAAUAAGAGCGGUGGCGGUGGGCCGGGCAUGGGCGGCAUGCCUGGCGGCAUGCAGCCUGGCAUGUACGGCAUGGGUCAGCCUCCAAUGAGCGGCGGCGGCGGCGGCGGCGGCUACUACCCUCAACAGCAGCCGAUGAACCAGUUCACCGACCCGAACAACACUACUGUCUUCGUCGGCGGUCUCUCCGGCUACGUCACCGAGGAUGAGCUUAGAUCAUUCUUCCAGGGCUUCGGCGAAAUCACCUACGUCAAGAUUCCACCAGGCAAGGGCUGCGGCUUCGUCCAGUUCGUUCACCGUCAUGCGGCGGAGAUGGCCAUCAACCAAAUGCAAGGCUACCCUAUCGGUAACUCUCGUGUGCGUUUGAGCUGGGGACGCAGCCAGAAUAAUUCCGGUCCGGCAGGCACACCAUACCGUCCCGCUCCGCCACCGCCUGUCUACCCUGGUAUGGGCGGCAGCAUGGGUGGUGGUAUGGGCGGUGGAAUGCCAGGCAUGGGUCCGCAGCAUUACGGCAACUUUGCUCCGCAGCAUUAAGCCGACUGCGCCGAUGAAGUAAGCGCCUUCUUCGUCUUUUCCUCCCUUGAGAGUGAUAAGCGCUUUAGCGGGAGUUGGUCCACGGUUCUCAACGGGGUGCUUUCAAUACGAUCGACAUCUACGCGGUGCAUGCUUCA